AAUGGGAUGACGGUGAAUCCUGCUGGUGUGCUGUGAAUGUGAAGCAGGACGCACUGGCAGUUUGUGUGCAGGAGAGAAAGCGAAUCGAUCCAGGGGCCCUGGAUUAGCAGGAUAAGGAGAGGAAAGGCCUCUGUGGUUUUGGCUGACUUUCGUCCCCAGAGGUGUGCAAAGCCCUGGAUCAAAAGAUUUCAAACUGACCUGGAGAGAAAGCAAAUAUAGCUGACAAAAUUAGGCAUAUAUCUCCAGCACGAUUUCAAGGGGUAAAGCCUGCCUUUCUGGACUUUAAGAAGACACGGACACAGAGACAUCCUCCAGGACUGGUAACAGCACAGUUCAGCCUUGCUCUUGCUGCGAAAGUUUCCCCACAACACUGCAGCAAUGAAUUUCCUCCGGCGGCGUCUCUCAGACAGUAGUUUCGUGGCAAAUCUGCCCAAUGGCUACAUGAUGGACUUGCAGCGCCCCGACAGCUCCACCAGCUCCCCGGUUUCUCCUGCCACGGAGAGAAAGCACCUGCAGCCACCCCAGCCCUCACACUCCUCCUCUGCCGGCAGCAGCAUCUUCAGCUCCAUCUCCAGCGCCAUGAAGCAAACCACGCAAGCGGCCGCGGGACUGAUGGAUCACUCGGCCGGGCCCGCACCGCCCGUGGCACAGAAACCCAAGAUCCUCCUGGUGAUCGAUGAUGCGCACACGGACUGGGCCAAAUAUUUCCAGGGGAAGAAGGUGAAUGGAGAAUUUGAAAUCCGAGUGGAACAGGCCGAGUUCUCCGAGUUGAACCUGGCUGCAUACGUCAUGGGUGGCUGCAUGGUGGACAUGCAGGUCAUGAGGAACGGCACCAAGGUGGUCAGGUCAUUCAAGCCAGAUUUUGUCCUGAUCCGGCAGCACGCCUACAGCAUGGCACUGGGGGAAGACUUCCGCAGCCUCAUCAUCGGCCUCCAGUACGGCGGCAUCCACACGGUCAACUCCCUCUACUCCAUCUACAACUUCUGCAGCAAGCCCUGGGUGUUCUCUCAGCUCAUUAAAAUCUUCAACUCGCUGGGCCCUGAGAAGUUCCCCCUGGUGGAGCAAACAUUCUUCCCAAGCCAUAAGCAGAUGCUCACAACUCCAAAUUUUCCUGUAGUGGUCAAGCUGGGACAUGCCCAUGCUGGAAUGGGGAAGGUCAAAGUUGAGAACCAGCACGACUUCCGGGACAUGGCCAGCAUAGUAGCCAUGGCUAAAACCUAUGCCACCACCGAGCCAUUCAUUGACUCCAAAUAUGACAUCCGAAUCCAGAAAAUUGGCAGCAACUACAAGGCUUACAUGAGGACUUCCAUCUCUGGAAACUGGAAGGCAAACACAGGUUCUGCGAUGCUAGAACAGAUUGCAAUGACAGAGAGGUACAGACUCUGGGCAGAUGCCUGCGCAGAAAUGUUUGGAGGUCUUGAUAUCUGCGCUGUCAAAGCUGUCCACAGCAAAGAUGGAAAAGACUAUAUCAUUGAGGUGAUGGACAGCUCAAUGCCCCUGAUUGGGGAGCACAUAGAAGAGGACAGACAACUUAUAGCUGAUCUGGUUGUUUCCAAAAUGACUCAGCUUGUCGUCACUGCUGGAUCUACGCCGUCACCACUGAGGCCUUGGCCUCCACAAGUUCAGCCUGUGUCAAUGAAAUCUCAGACUGGACCUCCACUUGGACAACUGUCACAACCACGGCCUCCUCCACAAGGUGGACCACGCCAGCCACAGGGAUCUCAGCCUCCACGAACAAACGCACCCCCACAGCAGCGGCUGUCUCCUCAAGGACAGCAGCCCCAGAGCCCCCAGUCCACUUCUCCUCAGCAGCAAAGGUCACCUGGAUCUCCACAGCAAGUCCGGUCAGCAACUGGGUCCUCUCCAGUCCAGGCCUCCAAGGCAGGCGCGUUCCCUCCACAGCAGCCGAGGCCUCCUGCCCAAGGCCGGGCUCCCAGCCAGCCGAGCCCCACAGAAAUGUCCAAGCAGCAAACCACCCCACACCCACACCUGAACAAAUCGCAGUCCCUGACAAACAGCUUCAGCAUAUCUGAGUCAUCUCAGCGAGGAAAUGCCACUGAAGAUGAAGCAAAAGCUGAGACCAUCCGCAACCUGAGGAAAUCAUUUGCUAGCCUGUUUUCUGAUUAACAGUCCUGCAGCUGGAUCUGUGCUUUUGUCAGCCCGCACUCUACAUUAAUGUCACACCUGAUGUCAUCCUGGAAUACACUCAGUGAACCCAGCAAUUUACAACUAACAGCUGGGUAAAAGGAAUUUAGAAAACUAUAGUUGUUUUAUUACAAAGAAAAUACUCAAAUAACGGUCUGAAAAGUGACUGUAUAAAAGUGUCACUAUUUCAUUGGGUUUUGUGCAUAAUCAGAAUCACAUCUGUUCAAAUGACUGAAGUGUAAAGCAAAUUUUACUCUUGCUAACCCCUGUGGAGUCAACACAGUUAUGACAGUGCAAACUGGGUUUUAUUUUGAUUUGUAUAUAGUCAAUACAAUUGUUAACUUCCAAUUACUGAAUUCUUGUUAAGGAUAAGCUAAAAAAAAUUAGGCUUCUUUUGGAAACACAUGUGCAAAGGCAGAGUCAAGAAUAAGUAUCCAUUGACCAACAAAGUGAGCAUGUCUGAGCAUCCAGUGAACUGUGGAAUUUCAUUAUACCAACUUCAUAAAAGGUCACUUUUUAGAGCAAAACUGCGUUGAAGAUAAAUACAGUACCAGGCAUCAGUAAGCACCAAAGAUCACACAAGCAGGUCAGCCAGAUGGACUGCUGCUUUGUUCCAGAUCACUCUGAUCACAGCAGAUAAAACAUCUCUGUUUCAUGCCUUGCAUUUAUGUCCCCUGCGUAUGAUUCCCAAGUUCUGAGAGAAAAAUGUCAUGUUCUAACCCUGUAGCCUUAGCUCAAAAAUAACCUAAGAAAUGGGUCUUCAACACAAAAAAAAAACAUCUUUCCCUGCCCCUGAAAGCACCAGAGUUCACAUUCACAGUUCACACAAAUUCCAGACAAAACCCAGCUAAACUCCAAGCACUUUGGUGACUUGGUCACAUCUGGCUGUCUAUGUCCCUCAGGAACAUGCUUAAUUAAUAGCAGAGCUGAUGAAGUGCACAUAGCUGUGUGCUGAGUGUUCCAUAAUACUGAAUGGACAGAGAGAUGGAGUGAAAUCCUGUCUCCUGCCUUGAAUUCCCACUGACUCUGCUGGGGUGAAUGCAAAAUGAAUGCAAGGUGACAAACUUGCAACAGAACUGGAAAACAGUACUUCACAAAUAAGAUGACCUGGGUUCUUCCUGAGACACCAAGCCACAGAAGGGCAUGUAUGGGAUUGUCCCAAGUGGGUAACAACCAGUAUUAGUUCCCCCCAAUCACUCACAAGAAUUAUUCUUCCAGAGAAGACAGAGAUGGAUCUUUGCUGGUGCACUUUUCCUCUAAGCCAGCAAUACUGAACAAAGCUGUGUCUGUGCACAUAUACUGGAACUGGGACAUGAUAAACCCCACAAAAGUUGUAUUCAUAAUUGAAAAACUCACCCUGGGUAAAUCUAUAUAUUUAUAGCUAUUUAUAUCCACUGAGAGCCUACCCUUGCACCCUGGGAAGUCUGUUUGGAACACACCUAAUGCAGGUCCCAGCCCUCAUCCCCCCUCCUCAGCUUUGAGGCUAGUCUUGGCUUUCUCCUUCCCUUAGCAAUGAUACUUAGGAAUACCCAGGAAUGUCAGUAAGUUAAAAAAGUAUUUGAGCCAAUGGCCCAGAUCCUUGCUGUCCCUUAAACAAGGAGAUCCCCAAAGCAGCAAAAGCAGCAGCUGCAUUUGCCAUCUUGGAUCUUAUGAUUCACUGGUGGGAAUAAAGCCAAACAAGGAAAUCCUUCCUGCAUAGCACCUGUAAUGAACAUCUAAUUCCAAUGAAGUCAUCUGGACCUUGUAUGACCUCCCCUGAGCAGGCCUUUGCACAUAUAAUGGCAAGUAACAGCAUAGCUUUUCCAGAUUGGAAGUCCCUCAAGAGACUCAUCUGGACCAAUGAUUUAUACCUCAAGUUCAGUAUUACAGAACCACCUUAUUCUCUGAUGGCUUGUUUUCUGUUUUGUUUUGUUUUCCUCAGUUCUGUGCUGUCCUUCAGGGUUUGAUAAGCAGUUUACAAUGUAGCAUCAUAAAUAUAUGUCAUCAUCUGAGCAAAAAAAAACCCAGUCCCUGCUGUUUUGCAGUCUGCAGGAGAAAUAAAAGAGUGAGAAAUGGCCUUGAGCAAACAGUGUCCCACUGGCAAGAGAAGCUGAUUAACAGGCUUCACUACAUGGAGACGAGGUAAAACAACCCUGGCAGGAGAGGACUUCCUUCUGUAACACUUCCCUCAGCAUGAUUUAUGCCUUUACCUACUAAAUGGUCACCAGAGAUGCAGACAGAAAUGAAAGUUUACUGCAAGAAUCAAUUGCAUUGUCCCCUGAAACUCCAUGAUUCCCUCACCAACACAGCAUACACAAAAAAGGAAUGGUGACUAGUACAACACAGCCCCAUAAAUCGACAGCAGUUUGUCAUUGAAAGUGCAACAGCUGGGUCAUUUGCUGAGGUUGCAUUUGAACACAGCAGGGCUGUCUUCUGACAGACCACAGAAACAGGAACAGUGACUCAACCUUUUCAUUUGUCUACAGCUCCUCAGCUGUCACUUUUCAAGGGACAAGCAGACAGAAUUGCAUCUCACUGCCUAGCUUUAAGUUGCAACAUCAAGUACAAGCAACAGGCACUCUCAGCUUAAUUUAAUUAGUCCAUAGAUCCUGAAAAAGCACCUUCAGUUCUAUUCAGAGAAGUGCUUUAAAGCACUGAGUUGAUUUCCAAAGUUAGAUUGACAAAAAUCUGUUGUGUUCUGUAACUGUCUCAACAGUACACUUCCAGUCUACAGCUAUGAAGCUCACAUACUAGAUGUAGCAGGAGAUUCACAAAUGCAUCAUCCUGUCUUCAAGUUACUGCCUUCAAUGCUGGCUUUCUACUCCAAAAUCCCUCUACUCUAGAAAACGAGAAGAGGGAAUACAAGGGGUAUUCUCCUUUUAUAUGAAUGGGAAAUUAAGAUAUACCCAAGAGGCAUUUAAGUACCUAAAGAUAACCACAGGGGCAUUAAGAAAACAACAGAAAAAUUGGUAAAGGGAAGAUACAUUUGAAUCACAGGGCACACAAGCUCCACAGCACAGCUUGGGAUCUUUCUCACACAAGAUGUGAAAAAGGAGCACCUGGUCAAGGAUUUUUUUUUGUCCUAUUUGCUUUAAUUUUCUUCACAUGGAAGCCAGGAAACAUGAGUAGGUUUGUGUAUUUGGGACUAGCCCAAGUAGCUGGGACACAGCUAUAACACUCAACCAUAUCCUCCAUCUGGAAAAUUAGUUUGCAUUUUGGUGUUUAGCUACAAACUGAAGAACACCUUGACUUUCUUGUCAUAGCCAGGCGUGGUAUUUCAAGAGGAGUGGAACACACAUUCCCAGGCAAGCUAAGGUCCGGAAGAACAGCAGUCCUACUUGUAAAUGCAGUGGUAUUUUACAGUCUUGCACCAAUCAGAAGCAGAUAUGUAAGACCCUACACCUUAUGUAUGGCUCAGUUGCUUCCUCUGGUUGGCUUGAAGUUUCAUGAGUAAGAUAAAACAAUACACAGAAAAGCCAAGGAUAAUAGCUCCUCAUUUCCAAGUGACGCAGUAACAACCUUUACAGUGCUAGAUACUAUGAAUAGUACAGGUAAGGAAUGCUCAUCUUAAGGCAUUUCACCUUUUGUGAUUUCUCUUUUAUCAUUUGCAACAGCAAUGACACACACACUUCACUUAGGAGCUGGCAAAUAAAGCAAGCAGCUAAUUUUCAAGUAUGUUCUCUGUUUUUUCCUCUAAUUUUAUACUGUUGGUCCUGAGAUAGUCACUUUAUAUCCUGUUUCAUGAAUAACAGGAACUCCUCUUUAAGGAACUUUACAGUUCAAGCUAAGUCAGGUUUCCUAAUCUUUGGCUCACACACACCACCUUUACUGCAAUGUGAUGGACAAUAAAAAAAGGAAGUAUUAUCUUCAGGUCAUUCAGCAGUGUAUGUGUAAAAGGGCCAAGUUCAUUACUUCAAAAACAAACAUUUCAAUGACAAAAUCCAGGAUAAAUCGAACCUCUGGCAUCAGCUUGGCAGAAGUACGACUACAUGGUUGUCUUCAUGCUCUCCCAGAGCAGCACACAGCUUGCCAGCAGGGCAAACCAUGUGACUUUCAUCAAGGCAUUGGCAAUGUGAGUACCACUGGCACCACAAAAAUUAACUUCCCAUACACAGUAUGUGAACACCGUUCCCAGAAAUAGCUUGGAAACAAUGGAAAAGGGUAAGUCACUAAAUAUUUUAUCAGUUAAAGCUCUGUAACCUUAUCUGAAUAUUAUCUAUGCAUUGCUGAAGCACUCAUCAUCACAAGAACAAAAUGGUGCAAGACCAAUACAGUGUAGAUUUCCCUUUUCCUUUUUAUAGUCAGUGGAAUAUAAAGAACUGCUGCAUACUCUAAGAGAUCUGACUAUACAUUUCACUGGUGAAAAUGCUUUUGGAACAAAGCUAUUCAACCACUGAAGGCAAAUGUUAAAAGUUAAGGCUAAUCUUGGUAGUGAAGUAAAACUAUCCCUGUGAAGCGGGAAAGGAAGAAAGAAACAAUACAACUUUUGACAGCAAAAUAAAGUAUUAUAUUUUACUUCCACUGGCAAAACUACCUGACCUUACUGAAGUCAGCUGAUUUUAUACAAAACAAGAAGAUGAACCACUGAAAUCUCACCUGAAAAAGCACAUAAGUAUUACUGAUUAAAUAGCUUGUAUUUAACAGGAAAUGUCAUUCCAUUUCCACAGCUGGAAUUUCAAAAAAGUUUUAGAAAAUAGUAUCAGUUGUCA